CUUUGUACCUCCUGUCUCCUCAGCCCCCUAGGUCAGCAUCAUGAUACCAUCCACUUUCGUCAACUCUUAUGUCCAGAUCCCUUCUGUGAGGUGUGUAAUAGCACAACGGCUGAGGUCAAUCGGCUGCUGUUCUCAGAGGCCCUGGAAGAUGCUACUCCCUCCGUGAUCCCCUUGGUUUCCACAGCUCCUGUGACUGACUCAUCCUUCACCUCAUUCCCUGACUUCUCAGCAGUCCGUUCAGGAGACCUAUUACCAGUGCCUUUGCCUGAGCCUUCCCCACCCCACCCCACUAUCUUCUCACCUAACCCAGUGACCUCUUUAGCUGACUUUUUCUUACCCUCACCCCCUGGGCAGUCCCUGCCACUAGAGCCAAAUACCUUGGAUUCUGAAUUCCCAGUGACCCAUUCCAUACCCCAGCCCCUCGCCUUUCCCCCUCUCCUACUACAUGACAUUCAGAAAGGGGAUCCUGUCGUCCAACUAGAGGCCACUUUACCUCUGAAUACCAUCUCUGCUCUUGACCCCACCAUUUCACAAGAUAUCACCCUCUUACCAAAUCUGUCCCAGGCAAGGAAUCCCACUGAUUCGUUUGCUUGUCAUCAUACACCACCAACCUUGUCUGUUUUACCACCGCCAGACUGCACUUUAACUGUGACUCAAUCUAAAUCAAUGUCCAUCUCAAUGAAGCCUGAUCCUGUGAAGUCAUCUCCAGAUAGCCCUGGCUCAGGCCAAGAACGUGUACCUUCCCACAUCAGCACACUCCAAUUUUCAGCAAGAGCAAGUUCACCUCCAUCUACCAGAAACCUAUCUCUGGAGAGACUCUGCUACUAA